AUGGUAGUCUCUGUCGCCGUGAUCUUCGGCAUGCUCAUCUUCUGGAUCUUGCUCUCGAAUUUGCUGAGCACCGCCGCGACGGCAUCAUUCGUCUUCAGAUUCCGCCCAUCGGCACGAGCCGCGGCAACCCCGGAGGCUUACUGCAUCGCCGCAGUUGGAGACAUUAGCACCUACUCUGGCUACCCAGUCACAACGCCCUUGUUCACUGUUACAACAGCCAGCUUCCCCGCCGUCGAUACAUCAAUUCCCACGGCGAGCAGUGAUCCGGGGUUCGUCUACACGCCAACAUAUCUCCCUACGGCCCCGGACACGCUUACUAACUGCCAACGAUACGCCAACUAUGACAAUACCACAUAUAACCUCAAUUCUUGCAAGUGGGUUGCGUGGAUGAAUGAAGUCACAACGGCCGAUUUCCUCGACUGGAACCCUAGUCUCAACACUAAUCUGAGCUUAUGUGCCAUGCAGCCAGGGUACAGUUAUUGUGCUAUUCUCAAUAGUUCUUACACAACCGGCAGUGACGACACCAGCAGCAGUGACAGCGGACUUGGCUCUCUCUGCUUGUCCCUCAAUGCCACCGAGUCUACCACUGUCUCAAACUGCAACUGCUUCACCGGUGUCAAUGGCUACGAUAAAGGAGCCCCAACACAAACUGGAUACAUCUAUGGGUGCCAGGAGUUCUUCACCGUCGAGUCGGGAGAUGAUUGUUCGACAAUGAAGACUGAGUUUGGAGUUAGUCUUGCCCAACUCUAUGAGUGGAAUCCCAGCAUUGGAAAAACAUGUACGAACAUUUGGCUCAGACAUGCCUACUGCGUCAAGGGUCCCACGGCCAUGGCGAGUAGCUCAGCUGGUGCGCCUACACAGCCUGGCAUCGCGUCCAAUUGCAACGAAUAUUACACGGUCGUUUCCGGGGACUCGUGCACGGCGGUCGAGGGUGCGUUCGAAAUAACAUUUGCGCAGCUGUACGAGUGGAAUCCGGUGAUUGGGUCAGAUUGUCAGUAUUUGGAUGUUGGCUAUGCCAUUUGUGUUGGCGUUUCAUAG